AUGGCUACGCCCACGGGAGACUUGACCAUGCUCUCACUACUUUUAAGGCAGUUGAGCUUACAGCAUAUCGUGCUCAUAAUGGAAGCCCAUUCUAGUCAUUUUACCAUCCUGACCGGUCGGUGCAUAUUAACUUCCCACGAGACCGGUCCCUCAAAGGGAAAAGGUGGUGAUUUGAAUUUUGCUGCAAUUGUCUCCGACCAAACAACGCCUUAUUGUGUCUUUCACUUUAUGCUGUCCUCUUGUUUUGAAUUCACAGUCGACAGUGAAAAGACUAAAAACACCUUAUCCUUUUCAAUUAAUUCCCAGGCAACACCCUUCCCUUAUAUUAGCUUCCGAGUGUCUUGUGAGCGUGAAUUUUUCAGUUCUUCAAUCGAAGAGAAAAAAAAUAGUGAGAUGGCUACAGGCGGAGUUUGCAGAAACGGCUCGAAUAAGGCACAGAAUCUCCGUGCAUCAUCUUCCUUCAAAUCGAAACUUCCGGCAUCGAAUGUUCGCCGCAGCAUCCCCGGCGGAGCCACCGACUCCGUUUCCGGAAGAGUUCGAGUCGCUGUAAGAUUGCGACCUCGAAAUGCUGAAGAGAUGGCAGCAGAUGCAGAUUUUGCUGAUUGUGUGGAGUUGCAGCCUGAGCUUAAAAGGUUGAAACUUCGGAAAAACAAUUGGGAUUCAGAUACCUAUGAGUUCGAUGAGGUUCUUACUGAAUAUUCAUCACAGAAGCGUGUCUAUGAAGUUGUCGCCAAGCCUGUUGUCGAGAGUGUUUUAGAUGGUUACAAUGGGACAGUGAUGGCUUAUGGUCAAACUGGCACUGGAAAGACGUAUACUCUUGGACGACUUGGUGAUGAAGAUACCUCCGCUCGUGGUAUAAUGGUUCGCUCAAUGGAAGAUAUACUUUCGAAUAUCUCUCCAGAAACUGAUUCUGUUUCAGUCUCGUACUUGCAGCUAUAUAUGGAAACCAUCCAGGAUCUCCUAAAUCCUGGAAAUGAUAAUAUUCCCAUUGUCGAAGAUCAAAGAACUGGUGAUGUUUCGUUACCAGGGGCAACUGUUGUGGAGAUCCGUGACCAGCAAACUUUCAUUGACCUCUUACGGUUGGGGGAAAAUCAUAGGAUUGCUGCUAAUACGAAGCUGAAUACCGAAUCUUCCCGCAGUCAUGCCAUUCUCAUGGUACACGUGAAGAAGUCUGUCUUGGGAAGAGAAGAUGAUUUUUCUACUGAAAAUGAAAAUCGCUCUCAUUCGGUUGGUAAUUUUAAGCCACCUAUCUUACGAAAAGGCAAAUUACUUGUUGUAGAUCUUGCUGGUUCUGAACGUGUUCACAAAUCAGGAAGCGAGGGGCACAUGCUAGAAGAAGCCAAGUCAAUAAAUCUAUCACUUAGUGCUUUAGGAAAAUGCAUAAAUGCGUUGGCUGAAAAUAGUGCUCAUGUCCCAGUUCGAGAUUCAAAGCUUACAAGAUUGCUUAAAGAUUCAUUUGGAGGCACGUCUAGAACUUCAUUAGUUGUAACAGUUGGUCCAUCUCCACGCCAUCGAGCAGAGACUGCGAGUACCAUAUUAUUUGGACAAAGGGCUAUGAAGGUGGAGAAUAUGUUGAAGAUUAAGGAAGAAUUUGAUUACAAGAGCUUGUCUAAAAGACUCGAGAUAGAACUGGACAAACUCAUUGCAGAUAAUGAAAGACAGCAAAAAGUUUAUGAAAAUGAGGUUGAGAGAAUCAGGUUGGAAGCACAGAAAUGCAUUACUGAGGCUGAAAGGAACUGUGCAGAAGUGUUAGAGGAGGAGAAAGUGAAAUGUCAGAUGGAUUACAUGGAGUCAAUUAAGAAGCUUGAGGAGAAGUGGAGUGUUCACAUGGAUUCUGGCAAUGACGAGCUCACGGAGCUGAAAACAUUGCUUCAAAAUGAAAUUUGUCUUCGGAAGGCAGCUGAAGAAGAAAAUAAUAUGCUCAAACUUCAGCUGCUUAAAUUUUCAAAGGCAGAGUUGGCAGAUGGAAACAUCGAUGGUAUGAACCUUCAGGAAAUAUUGGAAGAGGAGAAUCAUCAGAGGAAGAAACUUGAAGAAGAAGUCAGAGCUUUAAGAAGUCAAUUAUUUCAGCUGUCUACUGAUGCUAAUCAAAGUAGAAGCUAUCUCGAGAGAGGCAGAAAUGGAAUCACUGUUGCUGGUCUAGAUUGCCCAUCUCCCCAAAAUCAUCUACAGUCUAGAGACCGUAGUAAUGGAGAAAGAGCAUCAAUUAUGAACCUUCACGAACAAGUUGGGUUGCAAAAGAUUUUGUCCUUGCUCGAGUCAGAAGAUGCUAAUGUACGAAUACACGCUGUAAAAGUGGUGGCCAACUUGGCAGCUGAAGAAGCAAAUCAGGAAAAGAUAGUUGAAGCCGGAGGUCUCACUUCAUUGCUGAUGCUUCUUAGAAGCUAUGAGGAUGAAACUAUUCGCAGGAUCGCAUCUGGUGCAAUUGCCAAUCUGGCAAUGAAUGAGGCCAAUCAAGAACUGAUAAUGGCUCAAGGUGGAAUUUGUCUAUUGGCAACGACAGCUUCUGAUGCUGAGGAUCCCCAGACUCUUCGAAUGGUUGCUGGAGCCUUAGCUAAUCUGUGCGGCAAUGAUAAACUACAAAUGAGGCUGAGAUCUGAAGGUGGCAUCAAAGCUCUGUUAGGAAUGGUGAGAUGUAGACAUCCCGACGUUCUCUCUCAAGUUGCACGUGGCGUUGCAAAUUUUGCCAAGUGUGAAUCCAGGGCAUCUUCUCAAGGCUCAAAACCUUGGCGAUCUCUCUUGAUAGAAGACGGUGCAUUGCCAUGGAUUGUACAAAAUGCUAACAAUGAAGCGUCGCUUAUCAGACGUCAUGUAGAACUUGCACUCUGCCACUUGGCACAACACGAAGUAAAUGCAAAAGAUAUGAUUAGUGGAGGAGCCCUUUGGGAGCUCGUUCGUAUUUCACGUGACUGUUCUCGUGAGGACAUUAAAGCACUCGCUCGCCAAACUCUGACAUCAAGUUCAACCUUUGUAGCCGAAAUGCGUCGCUUGCGAAUCGAGAUUCCUUAA